AUGACUUCCUACCUGAAAAGCAUUUUCGGAGUGCGUUCGUCCUCAAAAUCCUCUGAAGGCCGCUCCAAAUCCCACUCUCGUUCACACUCUGUACCAACAAUCCAAACGACGAAUACUAGUGGACCAGCAGUACCUCCCAAUUACAUCUAUACGACCGUUGCUCCUUCCUCCACUUCGAACCAUGGUCAUAGUCCAACGUGUCCGCCGACAAGACCUUCUCCUUUACGUUACAAUACAUACGAUGCUUCUACUAUGAAGAACCUGAAGCAUCACGACCGUUCAUGCUCGUCAGGCUCAUCCGCUUCUGUUUCGGCGCGUUCACCAUCUGGGACUGUCAGCUACAAAUCAGGAGACAAUUACUUUCCAUACCCCAUAUACACACCAUCAUCAUCCCACCAUUCCAACUCGCGUUCGAACUCCAACUCUUCCAUCUAUCCUUCUUCGGUCUCGAGCCACCACAGCAAUCAAAGCCAUGGAAGUCAUAGCCAGCACAGUCAUCACAGCCAUCACAGCCAGUAUCCCCCGGCUCCCCCUCGCACUUCAAGCUCAGGAAGCGUCACUUCUCGUCCUGCGCUUAAACAGACUCAUACGUGGCAUGGCGGUAUUAAGCAAGAUGGCCCCCGUCCUCACGUAUCUUUUGUCAACCCCAAGCGACCGAGAACCCUGAACAUGCAUCCACUCCUCGCAUCAAGUGCCCAUAACCGCGCUCCCAUCUCAUACGACGUGAUGUUCUCACCAAACUCCUCGACUAUCGUUGACCGAAGCACAAGGACAACCGUUCCAUCACAUACGUUGGGUCAACCAUGCACUGAUCCUCCGACGCUUGGAAAGUUGGUAUUGAGAAGCGAUAAGUUCCCAUGGGCCGUAGUCGUUCAUGCCGGAAUUGGAAUCGCUUCGAGCGGUACCGGUACCGCAGUCCCUGUAAAGUCACCUGCAAAGUUCUACCUCGCCGGCGGCGGUGGUGGUUCAACUUCAAAUUCUAAUUCCAACUCUCUCUCUGCUCAUACCCGCGUUAGCAAUCUCGAUCUCAUACACGCGAUACACAACACACUCUCCACUCGUGUGACCAAGGAGGAGUGGGAUGCGCUUGGUUCGGGUAGUCGGGCGCAAAGUAAGGUGACGAAAGCGUAUGAGCGGAGAUGUCGUGCCUUGCGCGGUGGAUGGGAUCAGGGUGUUAAGAGGAUUGAUUGGUUGGGUGAGAAAACGAGGUUGAUUGGCGUUGAAGUUGAUAAAGCGGCGAGUGAGACGGGUGUCGCUAAGUUGGUGUUUGGUAAACCAUGA